AUGAAUAGUCGCUGUGUCAAUUCCGAUAACAAUCCUGGAUAUCUUUGCACUUGCGAUGAAGGUUACGGCGGAAACCCUUAUCUCAGUCCGGGAUGCCAAGAUGUGAAUGAGUGCGACGAUCCAAGCGGAAGUCCAUGUGUAGAGAUUUGCACAAACACCAUUGGGAGUUACAUCUGUUCUUGUCUGAAGGGUAGUCGUGGUGAUGGAAGAAAAGAUGGGACUGGGAUUGGUUUCGGUUUCUUGUUUCUAAUUCUCUCAAGUUCGUCGGUAUACUUGAGUAUGAAGAAAAGAAAGUCAAUCAAACUCAAAGAAGAAUACUUUCAAAAGAACGGUGGUUUGCUGUUAAAACAACAAUUAUCAUCACAUGAAAAUGGUGUUGAAUCAUCGGCGAAAAUCUUUACAGCAGAAGAGCUUAAAUUGGCAACCAAAAAUUAUGAUGCAAAAUUAGUCCUAGGCCGCGGAGGCCAGGGUAUUGUUUACAAGGGAACCUUAACUGAUAACCGAAUUGUGGCAAUAAAGAAAUCAACAGUCCAGGAGAGUCAAGUUGAAGAAUUCAUUAAUGAGCUUGUCAUCUUAACUCAAGUGAACCAUCGAAACGUUGUGAAAGUCUUGGGAUGUUGUUUGGAGACUGAAGUUCCAAUGAUUGUUUAUGAGUAUGUUUCCAACGGCACUCUCUUUGACCGUAUCCAUUCAAAGAAUGGGUAUGCCCUGCAUCAACCCAUCAUUCAUAGAGAUAUCAAAUCUGCCAAUGUUCUGUUAGAUGAAAAUUACAUUGCGAAAGUUGCGGAUUUCGGAGCCUCGAGGUUGAAUCCUUUGAAUCUAGAUGAAAUACACACAAAAAUUCAAGGGACAUUAGGAUAUUUGGAUUCUGAAUACCAUCAAACUGGUCAAUUAACAGUUAAAAGUGAUGUUUAUAGUUUUGGUGCAGUUCUUGCGGAACUCUUGACAGGAGAAAGAGUCUUUUCUCAAAAUAGGCCAGCAAAGGAUCUUGCUGUAUAUAUUCGUCCAUUGACAGAAGAGGAUGAUAUGAUGGACAUCCUUGAGGCUCGAGUGGCAACUGAAGGGAACCGAGACCAAGUUCUUGAAGUUGUUAAGCUUGCACAAAAAUGCCUUCAUCUGAGAGGUGAUGAUAGGCCUACAAUGAAACAAGUUGCAAUGGAGCUAGAAAGUAUGAGAAGAUCUGAAUCUCCGGAGCAUAGCCAAAACCAUGAAGAUUGGGACUGA